UGGAGCUAACCCACCUUUCUUCUCCGCCAAAUUCUCUGUUCCUUUGGCUCCACCUUCACUGUCCCAACCUCCUUCUUCCAUUUCUCAUGUUGGUUUCUUCGACAAUGGAACUGAGGAUGUUGUCGUGAGGUUUUUACUUGGCUGUUUCUCCAACGGAACCAUUCUUGUCCUUUUUUUUCUUUUUUUUUUUUUUGUUUUCCUUAAGGUUUAUACAGAAUGAAGGAGGAUAACCCAUUAGAAAUCAGAGGGAAACCAUCUAGGUUUGCUGAUCAAAAUCAAAAUCCCAAGUGUUUAAAUCAGAAUAAUGCCAAAGGAAGUAGUGGGAAUGGUUCAAAAUUGAGGGCUGCUUCUUCAUGGGGUUCUCACAUUGUCAAAGGUUUCUCCACAGACAAGAGAGCUAAAACUCAGAGCAAUCUUCAACCCAAGAAAGCACCACCACUUGGGAAUUCGGACUUGGUUAAUCAGAAGGAGAAGUUUGUUCCUUCCCAUUCUCGGAUCAAGCGUUCGAUCAUUGGGGAUUUAGCAUGUUCGGCUAAUCCCGCUCAAGUUCAUCCACAGUCUUAUCAGACCCACCGCAGACAAUCAUCUCGGGAUUUGUUCGUUGAGCUCGACCAACUCAGAAGUUUGCUAAAUGAAUCUAAGCAGAGAGAAUUUGAACUUCAGAAUGAACUUGCAGAACUUAAGCGGAAUACUAGAAAUUAUGAACUAGAAAGGGAACUCGAGGAAAAGAAAGUUGAACUAGACAGUCUUGCUAAAAAAGUUAGUGUAUUGGAAGAAGAUAGAAGAGCCCUGUCUGAGCAGUUAGUAACUCUAUCAUCGGUUUCUGAGAAGCAAGAAGAGCAACAGACUGCGCCAGGUAAUGUAGAGGUGGAAGUUGUUGAGUUGAGACGCUUGAAUAAGGAACUUCAGCUUCAGAAGAGGAACCUCGCUUGCAGGCUUUCUUCAGUGGAGUCUGAACUAGCUUGUCUAGCAAAGAAUAAUUCUGAGAGCGAAGCUGUAGCAAAGGUCAAAGCAGAGGUAUCUUUGCUAAGACAUACAAAUGAGGAUUUGUGCAAGCAAGUGGAAGGUCUGCAGAUGAGCAGAUUGAAUGAGGUUGAGGAACUUGCAUACCUUAGGUGGGUCAAUUCCUGUUUAAGGAGUGAGCUUCGAAAUUCUUGUCCCUCGGCGAAUUCUGGUAGCCCAUCCAGCCCUCAGCCAGUUGAGAGAAGUAGUGAACCAGUUUGUUCAUUAUCCAGCCAAAAGGAGUACAUGGAGUAUAGUAGUGCAAAGAGAAUAAAUCUAAUUAAGAAGUUGAAGAAAUGGCCUAUUACUGACGAGGACUUGUCUAAUUUAGAUUGUUCUGAUAACACUCUUUUAGACAAAAAAUGGGUUGACACGGAGGAAGGAAGAAGCCCCAGAAGAAGACACUCCAUUAGUGGAGCCAAAUGCUGGCCUGAAGAAUUGGAGCCAAACAAGAGAAGGCAAUCCGAUGGCUUUAUGUGUGCAAAAGAGAUGGAAAAAGAUGUAGAUCCUCUUUCUUCUCAGAAAUAUGAUUUGGGUGUGAUUCAAAGGCCUCAUGUUUUGGGAAAUUUCCAUGAAACUAACAGGAAUUUUGCCUCUUUGGAUGUGGAGAAACGAGCAUUGCGUAUACCAAAUCCUCCUCCAAGGCCUUCUUGCUCAAUUUCUAGUGAACCUAAAGAAGAAAACAGAGCUCAGGUUCCGCCACCUCUGCCGCCACCUCCUCCGCCCCCUCCUCUUCCUAAGUUUGCGGUGAGGAGCGCCACGGGAAUGGUACAGAGAGCUCCGCAAGUUGUUGAAUUCUAUCAUUCACUUAUGAAGAGAGAUUCUAGAAAAGAUUCUUCUAAUGGAGCCAUAUGCAAUGUUCCAGAUGUUUCAAAUGUCCGGAGCAGCAUGAUUGGGGAAAUUGAGAAUCGUUCGUCUCAUUUGCUUGCUAUAAAGGCAGACAUAGAGACCCAGGGAGAGUUUGUAAAUUCACUGAUAAGAGAGGUCAACAAUGCAGUUUAUCUAAAGAUAGAAGAUAUUGUGGAAUUUGUGAAGUGGCUUGACGAUGAACUUUGCUUUCUGGUUGAUGAAAGGGCAGUCUUGAAGCACUUUGAUUGGCCAGAGAGAAAGGCUGACACCUUGCGAGAAGCAGCCUUUGGAUACAGAGAUCUAAAGAAAUUGGAGUGUGAAAUCUCAGCCUACAAAGAUGAUCCCAGAUUACCGUGUGACAUUGCUCUAAAAAAAAUGGUUGCUUUGUCAGAGAAGAUGGAACGUAGUAGUUAUAACCUUCUCCGGAUGAGAGAAUCAUUGAUGAGAAAUUGCAAAGAGUUCCAAAUUCCCACAGAUUGGAUGCUUGACAGUGGAAUCAUAAGCAAGAUAAAGUUGGGUUCGGUGAAGUUGGCAAAAAUGUACAUGAAGAGAGUAGCAACGGAACUUCAAUCAAAGGCUUCAUCGGAGAAAGAUCCCGCAAUGGAUUACAUGCUUCUUCAAGGAGUGAGAUUUGCCUUUAGAAUUCAUCAGUUUGCAGGAGGGUUCGAUGCUGAAACAAUGCAUGCAUUUGAGGAUCUGCGAAACUUGGCCAACCUACUGAACAAAAAGUGAAAGUUACAAUACAGGACAAAGCAAAUGGAAAUCAGUUGGUUUAGGUUUACUAACUCGGUAAGCAGCUAGCUACCAUGCUGGCAAUACGUAUAUUUUUUUUUCCUUCAUGGGAAAGUUUUUUGGAAUUGCAACUUAGGGCUGUGAGCUGCUGGGGAAGCGAGAGCUUAAGUGAAAUAUAUUUUUGUCAUCUGCCAUCCUUCCUCCUCUCUUCAUGAUCGAGCAAGCUCUUCCAAAGCACAGGCAGGUCCUACAGAAAGAGUUGUGUCAAACUGCGGGGGGGCGGGGCUGAGGAUCGUUUUAAUAGAUAUUAAUGUAAAUUGUGUGUUAAACUGAAAUCAAACGUCUUUGUGGAAUGAGAGUUUCCUUAGAUAAUGAAAUUUUUUUCUCCGGUUGGCCUUCA